AUGGGUAAGAUCGGUUGCAGCGUUGAUGGAAACCUGAAUGAAUCAAAGUUCAGUGAGCCUCUUCCAUGGAUUGGCAUCUAUAUAGCAGUAGCAUCUCUCGCCUGUGCAAUUGUGAUGGCUGCAGAUCUCAUCCAUGGCUUCCGCUACCGAAAGUUGUGGUUUCCCAGCAAGUACUACUCCCUUAAUGCAACUUCAUUGACCUUAAUAACUGUGGCAAUCAAAUUUGCAGUGGAUCUAAACACCCCUAUGCCUCGCCGUAUUGAUCAGCUUGCAAAACUUAGCAGCAGUACCUUGAUCUGUACACUGAUGGGUAAUUCUAUGCCUUCUCUUGGAACCAUGGAAAACGAAGAAAUCUGGAUGAAUAUUAUAGCUCUUGGAAUACUUGUUAUUACUGUUAUUGCUAAUAUCUGCAUCCAAUUAGGCACUGGUGUGAUCUAUCUUUACUGGAAAGAGCAUGCAUUAAUCAUGUUCCUCAUGCUUGUUUUGCUUGUAAUCUUAAGCUUUUCUGCUUUAACAGUGCCAACUACAAAGAAAUAUUUAGAAUUUAAGUACAAGAAAAAAUAUGAAAUGGCUGUGGAAGAAUGCUCAAAUGGAUGUGACAGGGCAGUGGAAAAGAAACUGAGAGAAGAUCUAAUGAAAUACUGGAUGAUGGCUCAUACCUGCAGCCCCCAGUUUGUUAUAGGGCGUUCAGUUACAUGCACUGCUGCAGGUGCACUGUGUCUCCUGAGUGCCCUGACUUUAGCAGAGGCCAUGCUGAGAUCUUACUUGAUGAGGGGGUCAUUUAAAUUUUGCAAUGGGGAGUCUGACUAUAAAUGGUCGACCAUCUUGGUUCUUAUUUUACAGACCAUUGCAAUAGGAGUUGGUACAAUUGCUCCUGCUAUUAGAUGGUUCACUGCUGUAAAUUUCAGGUGCCCAACAAUAGGGAAGAAAAGCGGCAGGAAAGAAUUCAAAGUAGAAAAGUAUUGGACCCAGUUUUUAGUAGAGAUGAAAGAGUACCCGUUUACCAUUCGAAUCCAGAACAGGCAGUGUAGGAAACUUGCACAUGGCGCAAAAGAUCAAAUUGUGGACCUGUGUAUUGGAAUGCAAAUUGGAAUCGUGUUGGCAAGCAAAGUUAUCAGAUUCAUUUCUGUGUACUUCAUGAGCAGGAUUUUGUUAUUCUGUCGUUGCUGCAAAAAGUUGAUGAACUGCAAUCCCAACAGAUCAAUUGACUCAGCAUCAGACUCACAGCCCAGCUCAAAACCGGAUCUUAGCCGAUUCGUUUUGCAUCUCGAAGGUGAGAAUGAACUAGUUGAACUGAUGAUGAAGAACAACUGUGAUGCUACUGAGCACUGGAUACAGCAUGGAAAAAAGAAACAGCCCAAACAUCUCAUUGAAUUGUUGGAAAAAUCAUCAUCAGCACUCCAUGGAGUGAGAGAAUUUGACAGUGACCUAGUUCUCUCUCUAGCUAAUGAAGAACCUCCACACUGUUGGGCUCUUCCUGUAGUGACUCUAACAGCCAUUGCAGUUGCAGUUCCAAACACCAGCAGUUGUUUACGUAAGCAGUUGAUGCGUAGUGUACAUGAAGGCCUCAUGUAUGUCAAACUCAUAGAAGACAACCUGCAUGCAGAAAGUGAUAUGGCUAACAUCAUGAAGGCAGCAUAUACUGUCUGGCUAGGAGUUGAUCUCUAUCAUAAAUGGCUAGAUGUGGAUCUUAAUAAAAUGUCCUUCCAAGCAGAGAGCACAAAGGAAGCACUUGAAGGACUUGCUGAUGCUGCAAAGUAUAGGUAUGUGGAAUUCAAAAAGACAUAUGUGAAUCAAUGCCUACUAAAAGAAAGCCCUUCAAAGUGGCCCAUCAAGGUAUUGGCUGCUAAUUCCAUGUAUAGAAUAAGCCAAACUAUUCUGCAGAAUUAUGAAAGAAGCAACAUCCAGAGCAGUGAGAGAUUAUUUGAGGCACUAACUAUCAUGAUCUCAGAUAUAUUAGCUGCUUGUCUCACCAAUUUACAACGUAUCAUAUCCCUCAAGUGUUUCAGCAGCUCAGUCGAAGUACGGGAAGAAAGUGUUCGUCAUGCAGUUUUCCUUCUCGGUAAAACAGAAAAGAUCCUAAAACUUGUAAACCAGAAAGCACUUCCCAGUUUCGAUCCUGAUGGAAUGGCAUGCAUUAAUGAGUGGCGUGCAUUUCAGAAAACAAAGAAUCAGUUGCCAUUCUCUCCAUCUUCAACAGAAAAUGAAACAGCUUCUUCUGAUUUGCGGGACCUGCACUUAAACAUUGAGUAAAAAAUAUAAAACUGGAGUUAGCAAUAAAAGCAGUUUGUUAUAUGCUGAUCUUCCGGCUUUUGUUUUCUGUAAUCUGUAUCCAUUUUAAGUAAAUAAUUGUAAUUAAUGUCAACAUGUAAUAUAGAUAUCUAAUCUGGAAGUGGGAACUACAUUUUGAGA